UGUGUGUGUGUGUGUGUGUGUGUGUGUGUGUGUGGGGAGAAAGAGGGGCUUUAUUGGAAAUUCUCGAACCCCCAUCGGGACGCGCUCGGCUUUCAGCUCCGCUCGCGCAGGUUUUCCAGGGAACAGUGGAGUUUGCCGGGAUCAGCGCGAGGCCACACACAGACUGAUGAAGACAGAAGCGACUCUUCAAAGAGGUCUGUGGCUGUAGUGGGUGUGUGCGUCUCAAUGCCAGUGGAUAUGCAGCCACAUCAGGGGCUGUGCCACUACAACAACACCGCCAACCAGCCGAGCCGAGGACUGGCUCGUUCAGUGCGAUCGCUCUACAGCGACAACAGCAGAGAGAUGUUUAACCCCUCAGUGACCGCAGGAGCCUGUAUGGACCCUUACAUGCGGCCGCCGCACGGCAUGAUGGGACACCGCGGGAUGCCUCCGCCAGACAGCGCCCCCUACUGUUCCCAGAGCAUGAUGGGAUCUCAUCACAACCUCACACAAAACCAGCUUGGAUCUGAACACAUGGGAUCCAGAGACGCGUCUUGUUUCUCGACGCCUCGCUCCAUGCUGAAGCUGAGUAAGAAGCGUGCUCUGUCCAUCUCUCCUCUGUCUGAUGCCAGUGUGGACCUGCAGACGGUCAUCCGCACCUCUCCCAACUCUCUGGUGGCGUUUGUGAACUCUCGCUGCGGGCCGAACGCUGCCGGCUCGUAUGGGCAUCUGUCUUUGGGCAGCAUGAGUCCGUCGCUGGGUUUCUCCAGCUCCAUGAACUACUCGUGCAGAGCGCAGGGGAACAUGUACGGCCCUCUCGCUGCAUCAUGCCCCAGACUCCACGCUCCGGCCAAACACACACACCUGAAGACAGAGCCGGCUCUGGGCAGCAUCAACAUCAAGAGUCUGGAGGAGCAUUCGGAGGGAGACGUGGCCAGUCCAUCCUCCACUGGGACACAGGAUCCUCUUCUGGGUUUACCUGGAGGGCAGAGAUGAUCUGGAUAAGGAGGAGAAACCUGAACCAGAAGCCAUUUACGAGACAAACUGCCACUGGGAGAGCUGCAGCAAAGAGUUCGACACUCAG